UCAGUAAAUCUAUUUAUUGCUGAGAGAAGUGCUUGGUCCCUACUGUAUUUAUGAUGGAUACACAAUUGAGCUCUGAUCUGGAACGUUUGGUGGAGCUAAGAAGACAGUACUGGAAACUCGAAGACGCAAGAAAGAGUCUACAGGCUGAUAUAUCUGAGGCUGAGGAACGGCAGGAUUCUCCAAAAAGACCCAUUACCUGUCUUCUGUGCCCAGGUUUGACUCCUUCAAGACUCCUGGAACAUCUUCAAAGUCGGCGUGCGACAGACGCUUGUAUUCUAGAAUGGACCAGACGCUUAAAGAUACUUCGACAAGAAUGUGAAAUGAAAGAAAAAACGUACGGAGUAACUUUUCUAGGAAAGCGUCGAUAGAAACUGUACCCUUGGGAAUUUCUGAAAAUAAUUCGGCGGAAGUCUCGUUUGCUUUUUCUUAUAAAUGUCAUUUCUGUACUUCUUAUUUAUCCGUUGAAUCCUUUGAAAAGUAAAUAUUUAAAGCAAAAA